AUGAGAGUUAUACGGAAUCUGCCGUACACGUCCGAGGAGUACGUGCCCGGAUACAAUGAGGCACAGAGUACCCAGGCUAGAAGUCAGAGCACAACGCAGAUCGAAAGACAAACCGCUCAGUACAAACGACAUGAAUUCUUUUAUCAACAUAGAACCGAGACUGUUCUACCUAGGUCAUCAAAAAUUCAGCACAUCCUAUCAAGGAGGAGAAUCACUCCGGGCAGCAACAUCACCAGGGCCAAGUCAAUGCCCAUGAGCUUGCCUCAUGCAACCAGCAUCCUCUCCAAGAUCACGUCACCUCUGAAGGCGGAUUACGAGUUUGUGGCAUCAGCCUUCUUGUUGGGCGCAAUUGCAGCGGCAGUAGUUGCCGGAAUGCCAACCAAGGCGCUCAAACAAACAAGACAUGAUUGCAAAGCGUUGAAAGCAUCGUUAUCGUCUUUAUAUCUGGUUCUAACAUCCCUAAGCGCUAUAUCUUCAACCUCACUUGCAACAUCCACCAUUACAUCGAUUCCACUACCAGUCAGGGCUUUGUCGGUUCAUGGAGGGGUCACAACCAACUGCCCUUAUCUCAAUGAUAAGAACAACACAUACAUGGCGCGUGACUCAAACAUCAAGUUCGAGCAGGAGUGUGGAACAAAUUAUCCAGGCGACGACUUGAAGCAGAUACCGCUUACGACGAUAGAGGAUUGCCCGGACCUUUGCGCUGCGUUAGUGUCACUUGGAAGACAGGAGACAAGCAGGGUGCAUAAUCGAACUACUGCUGGCUGA